AUGUCGUCUAUGACAUUUGGUCAAAAAUCUUUUCAACCAACACCUCCAGAUAAAGGCAGUUUUCCUUUAGAUCACGAAGGUUUGUGUAAAAAAUCGAUGAUAAGUUAUAUGAAAUGUUUAUUUAUUAAUAAGAACGAUAAUUCAGCUUGUCGCAAAGAAGCUAAAGAAUAUUUGAGUUGUCGUAUGGACAACAAUCUUAUGGCCAAAGAAGAGUGGACGAAAUUAGGUUUUACAAGUGAAGACGUUUCUAAUAAACAAUAA